UAGUUAUUUACUGGUUGCUAACGACUUGCAUCCCUAUUGUCUAAAGGACUUGAUACUUUUCUAUAAAAUAUGAACCAAAACCUGUCUAGCAAUACUUUAUGGUAUGCAAAUUUUGGUUGCAGUAAAUCGGAUUUUCAAUCAUACACCUACCGCUUCCAUAGUUUUGCAUUGGGUGAGAUUCCUCAUCUCUGUCCUCUUUUGUAUAUGUGGUGUCGGUCAAUGAUCCCCAGAGUCUUGGUUCGCAUUAAUUCCUUAUAUCGACUCCUCAAGUUCCAAUCCUUGACCCUGUCUUUCACUUUACCAGCAGUAUAUAGACAUAAUACUUGCAUUAGAAAAUAGGUCUAAUUUUUUCUUCGGAAGCUAUUAUCACUCAGUAUUCAAUCACAACCUUGAGAAGAAAACAGGACCGUAACUAACCAACGACUGCUCUAUGCAAUUUAAUCGAGUUAACUUAUAUGCAGUUUCAAGGGACAGGAGAUAUGUAACUUGAUUAAAGUUUCAAGCCAGCGGUUACUUGG